GCGAUGUUUAUUGUGGGUACCAUGAUAUUUCUGUUCAACAUGUCUCUGCAGACUCUUUUCUUUCAUUAGAAGCGUCUGGAUCUUUCGUGAAACUACUACGUUUUGUUAGCAGCAAGCUAGCGGGCCGUUGUCAGCCAGGACCCAGAAAAGCAGCAUCAUCAUCAAUGGUGUGUCUACAUCCCGGAGCCGUCACAUUUUCCUGUGUCCGCUCAAUGAACUAUCUCCUCAGCUCUCAUCACAGCUGCACAUGUAUGGCGUUUGCGAGGCUUGGAGGGGAGUUUUGCCAAGCCCAGCACCUGCUGCUUAUUGUGGACAAGUGAACAGGAGACACCAGCUAGGCGCAAGCACUGCCAUUCACACACACACAGGUGUGUAGCACAAAGGCUGGUGGUGUCUCUGGUGGUGUAUGGGAAAGUUCUCUGUUUAUCACCUUACAGUCCAUGGACAGCAGAGAGUAGAGGUCCUUCCUGCCAUCCUGUUCAACCCAUAUGAAGACAAGCCAACCAGUCUGUCACCUGUCCUGGGGAGUAGGGGAGGCUUUGGUUUUAGCCCGGGAGCUUCCUCUCUGCUCUUCUCCUUUCCUGUUUUUCCUUUCCUCCUCUGCUCUGACUCAUACAAGCCUUCUCUGAAUGGGCUAAAAGAUUUGAAAGGAAGGAAGGAUAGAUCUUUAUCUGUCUUCAUUUUUUUCCCUCCUGGACUUUGGGUGUCUUCUCUCCAGUCUUCUUAAUCCCAACCUGCCAGAUUUAAAUUUAUGUUUUAAGCCAAUUUUAGUUUUUCCUUCAUUGCCAAUAAGAGUUAAGGAUUAUUUUCAUCCUCAUUUCUUUCCUGAGUAAUUUGUAUUUUUUUUGUUGUUGUUUUAUAUUCAGACUACUUUUUGUCGCCAAAGGAGUAGGAUAUUUACAUUCAUUGCCCAUAAGUCACAUUUUAGUUUAGAUAACUUCUUUUUAAUUUUUGCUUUUUUAAUAGUCAAAAGGAGUUUUACUUUUUUCCCCUUGAAGACUUCUCUGUUAGUCCAUUUUUCUAAAGCACAGUACUUUUCUGGUCUAAAACUCUUCAUUGACAAACCUUUGUGGGUCUAAAAAUGAACCGACCGGCUCCAGUAGAGAUCUCCUAUGACUGUCUGAGAUUCCUCAUCACGCACAACCCCACUAACGCACAACUGGGAAGGUUUAUAGAGGAUCUGAAGGCGUAUGGAGUUAACACCCUGGUGAGAGUGUGUGCUGCUACAUAUGACAAGGCACCGGUGGAACAAGAGGGCAUACAAGUUCUGGAUUGGCCAUUUGAUGAUGGAUCGGCCCCCCCUGACCAGGUGGUUGAUGAUUGGCUGAACCUGCUGCAGACAAAGUUUAGAGAUGAGCCUGGCUGUUGUGUGGCUGUGCACUGUGUUGCUGGACUAGGACGAGCUCCUGUGUUGGUGGCCCUGGCUCUAAUUGAGUGUGGGAUGGAAUAUGAGGAUGCGGUGCACUUCAUAAGACUGAAGCGUCGUGGAGCGUUCAACUCCAAGCAACUGCUUUACCUUGAAAGCUACAAACCUAAACUGUGUCUGCGCUCCAAAGAUGCCAAUGGACAGAGCUGCUGUAUACAGUAGGAAUCUAUAACCCCCACACAUCCUCACUGCAACUUCACAGGAGACUUUCAUCUUUUGAUGUUAAAUUGAAAGUUGACGUGUCUUGGUAAAUUAAUAUAACAUUAAUCCAUGAAUUUGAUUCAAAGCAAUUUGUAUAAUUCCAGUAAUUCAAGGACCUCACUGCAAAUUCUAAAAAGUAAAGUCAGCAAAGUCAGGCAGCUUCUGAUUUUACAUCAAAAAUGAGCCUAAAAAAGUUAAAGGUUUUUAUUUCUGUUCUUUGGUCUGUAACCUCACCUUAAUAUGUAGCAAAACUACACAAACCCCACAGUGAAACAGAAUUCACAUUUAACUGUCACUGUUAAUUCAAGCUUGUUUGACUUUAGAAAUUAAAAGCAUUUAUCACAAAGGUCACUGGCUCAAUUCACUAUCACAGGUGCAGCUACAGGAAGUGCUGCUGAUGUUAACAGAUUUGUUCAGGCAUUAUUAAAACAAAAGCUUGGUAAGCAACAACACUGCAAAUGCUGAAUAAAUAGUUAGCAGUAUGUGCUCUGGGAGGCUUGCUGGUUUAUUGCACUUCAGUCUGCACAGUAGGUCCAGACUGAUUUAUUUAUUCCUCUUUAUUCCCUGACCAAAUCAACAUCCUGCAGCCAGAAUGCAGUGCAGAUAAUAAACAACUCAGACAGGUUAAAAAACAUUAAGAAAUGUGACUGAGAAGAUUAAAAGAUAAAAAAAGUGUCCUCAGUUUGAUGCAAAUGUGAGAUAUGCUGUAUUAAUCAACACUACAAUCUACCUACUCAGUGUAUGUCCCGAGUCCGAGUCAUAGGUGCACAGUCUGCUUCUCUGGAACAAACUCAUGUUGGCUGUAAGUGUUUUACACUGUUAUUCAUAAUGUCACCUGGGCAACAGGGCCGACAUGUUAAAGAUCAGUUGGUGAAUGUAUUUAUAAAGGAACAUUUAAAGGUUUUGGUAGAUUGUCCUAUCAGUUGUUAGACUUUAAGAACAAAAUAAGUCAUCUAUCCUUAAUAGUAGGCUGCAAUGCUUCAUGCUUCCAAUUCAGUAAUACACAGUGUUGGAUGAUGUGCAACAUAGUGUACGAUGGAGUAGUAGCACGCACCAUGUGGUAUUAGUCGUCCUGCUAGAUUAUAUUGAGUGGUAAUCUGCGUGAUAACAGUCCAGAACUUACUGUGAAUGAUAGUAAGCUCCAUGCAAACACAUGAGCACGUACUGUUAAAGAUGGUAGGAGGUAGUAACACAAACAGGACAAUCUUCCAAAUACUUUUCCUUAUUCUUAUUACAAUAUCCACGGAACACGACUGUGGAGCAAACAUGUCCGCCACUGAACACUUAAUGGCCGUUCUGUACCUACCUAGCUGUCUGGUCAGCUGCUGUGUUUGUAAGAUGCUGUUGGUCUUUGUGAUGUUAUUAUUUUUCUAUAGGUUUUCUUUUCUUUUCCCUUGUACCUCUGAUCUAUUUGUACUUGUUAUUUAUUGAUUGAUUCCACUGUGUUUCUUUGUGAAAUGUCCGUCUGCUGGGAAAAAAAUCUAUUAGUCCACUUGGAAAAUUAAAGUGUUUAGUACUGUAA